CUUUUUCUUCCUUUUUAAAGACGACGCAGAGAAAGGCAUCCUCCAUUGCUCCUCUGCUCGCUCUGCUAUUCUUCCUUCAUCCAUUUGCAGCUCUUCACUGUUCAAUGGGGAGAGCUCCGUGCUGCGAUAAAGCCAACGUGAAGCGGGGGCCCUGGUCGCCGGAGGAAGACGCCGCCCUCAGGAGCUACAUCGAGAAGAACGGCACCGGCGGCAACUGGAUCGCUUUGCCCCCGAAAGCAGGCCUCAAGCGGUGCGGUAAGAGCUGCCGAUUAAGGUGGCUCAAUUACCUCCGCCCUGACAUCAAGCAUGGCGGCUUCACGGAGGAGGAGGACAACAUCAUUUGCACUCUCUAUGAUCGUCUCGGAAGCAGGUGGUCCGUGAUCGCUUCCCAGCUGGUUGGAAGAACGGACAACGAUGUGAAGAACUACUGGAACACCAAGCUCAAGAAGAAGCUGCUCGUGGCGAGGGCAAACUCCAGCUCCACCCCUCCUCCGGUCCUCUCCCCGCCCAUCAAAACAGGGGCUCUUGGCGGCGCCGAGUUCAGCUUCGCCAAUGUCAAACCUCUUCAACCCAGCUACGGGUUGCUCCCUCAGCAGUAUCCCCAGACGCCACUCCCCGAGAGGAGUUUCAUCGAGCAAAUGGUCUCCCCGCCUGUGAACGAGCUGUUCCUAUCAGUGCUUGGACUGGGAGACGCCGGCGCCUUAUUCCUCGGCGGCUAUGGCUUCGGCUAUCAGGAGAGCGAUCCAAUUCCCGGCGACACGACAACACUGUAUCAGGGCCUCACUUUCUCGUCAUGAUGGGCGCAACUGUAACAAGUUCCAUUACCCAUGAACGUGAAAGAACUGACAACAAAGUAGAGGACCAGAAAUCCUUGUAAUUAGCAAUGUAGUUUCUGUUCUAAUUCCCUUUUGUCUUUCCAUCCUCGCGUAGCAAAAUGGAUUGGUUGGUGCGCAGUGGAA